UCGGCUGGAACCUUCCUCAUUAAAUGUAGCGUUAUGUCUAAAAUUUCCGCUGAGCAUCCCUUGUCCCUCCUGUCAUGUCUCUAUGCUUCCGUUCACAAUUCGGGUUAUAACUUCUAGUCCUUUACUUCUGACUCCAAUGCUGCUCCUUCCCGAUCAACUCAAUGCUUGGCUUUCGUUGAUGCAAUCUUUUGCAAUACAAAAUUUCCCAUGCCUAGUUGGCAGGUCCCUGCCAGUCUUACAUCGUGUGCCACCAACGUAUGAGCUUGUCAUCUGUUAUAAUGUUCAGGGGACACAGAUGUUGUGGUACUUGGUGCCGAAUGAUGGGCAUUUCCAUUUGGGGCUGAGUGCCCGGCUGGAGCGUCAGCUGCGCAGACUCGGCAUAAUUAGGUCGGUCUAGAUAAAGGCAGUACAUUGCAAGUGAAUAUACAAAACUUCUGAUGGAGGUGCCUUCACGUAAACCCAAGGCGAGGUUUUG